AUGGGAAAUGACAAAUGGUUGAAGGAAAUGGAAGCUUUGAGCCUGAAAAGAGAACCCUCAGAGGCCAGUGACAAAUGUCAGCCAAGCUCUGUUGAGUGUGCAGUCCCCACCUCUCGCCAACAUCACACAGGAAGUCAGCAUGGCAUCUGGAUGAGAAUUCGGAUACAAAUUCAGCUAGGAGGAGGUGCGGAGCUCAGCUCAGACAUGCCCCAUCCCACGCUCCUCUUUACCCUUUCCCUGCCAUUUCCCUUCUCCGUGACACACAGUGGGUCCUGGGACCAGCAGCCCUACAGGUACACGAGCAGGUCUCCUGCUUCCCCUCCAGUGACUGGAGUUUUCCACCUACCGCAUGGAGACUUUUUCAUUGAGCCUGUUAGAAAACAUCCACUGGCAGAGGGAGGGUACCACCCACACGUCGUUUACAGGAGGCAGACCUGGAAAGAUCCAGAGAUAAAAGAGCCAACCUGCGGAUUAAAGGACAGUCUUGGCACCUCUGAGAAGCAAGAGCUACGUAGAGAGAAGUGGGAGAGGAAUAACUUGCCAAGCAGAAGCCUCUCUCGGCGCUCCAUCAGCAAGGAAAGAUGGGUGGAAACACUGGUGGUGGCUGACACGAAGAUGGUCGAGUAUCACGGAAGUGAGAACGUGGAGUCCUACAUACUCACCAUCAUGAACAUGGUCACUGGGUUGUUCCAUAAUCCAAGCAUUGGCAAUGCAAUUCACAUUGUUGUCGUUCGACUCAUUCUACUUGAAGAAGAAGAGCAAGGACUGAAAAUAGUUCACCAUGCAGAGAAGACACUGUCCAGCUUUUGCAAGUGGCAGAAGAGCAUCAAUCCCAAGAGUGAUCUUAACCCUGUCCAUCACGAUGUUGCUGUUCUUCUCACCAGAAAAGAUAUCUGUGCUGGUGUGAAUCGUCCGUGUGAGACCCUGGGUCUGUCUCACCUGUCAGGAAUGUGCCAGCCUCACCGGAGUUGUAACAUCAAUGAAGACUCUGGCCUCCCUUUGGCUUUCACCAUUGCCCAUGAGCUCGGACACAGCUUUGGCAUCCAGCACGAUGGGAAAGAAAAUGACUGUGAGCCUGUGGGCAGGCACCCGUACAUCAUGUCGCACCAGCUCCAGUACGAUCCUACCCCACUGACAUGGUCUAAGUGCAGCAAGGACUAUAUCACUCGAUUCUUGGAUCGAGGCUGGGGUUUCUGUCUUGAUGACAUCCCCCAAAAGAAAGGCUUGAAAUCCAAGGUAAUUGCUCCUGGAGUGAUCUAUGAUGUUCACCACCAAUGCCAGCUCCAGUAUGGCCCCAAUGCUACCUUCUGCCAGGAAGUAGAAAACGUUUGCCAGACACUGUGGUGCUCAGUGAAGGGCUAUUGUCGCUCCAAACUUGAUGCUGCUGCAGAUGGGACCCAAUGUGGUGAGAAGAAGUGGUGUAUGGCGGGCAAGUGUAUCACAGUGGGGAAGAAACCAGAAAGCAUCCCUGGAGGCUGGGGCCGCUGGUCACCUUGGUCCCACUGUUCCAGAACCUGUGGAGCUGGAGCUCAGAGUGCAGAGAGGCUCUGCAACAACCCUGAACCAAAGUUUGGAGGAAAAUACUGCACUGGAGAAAGAAAACGCUACCGCUUGUGCAACGUCCACCCCUGUCGCACAGAUACACCAACGUUUCGGCAGAUGCAAUGCAGUGAAUUUGACACUGUUCCCUACAAGAAUGAAUUCUACUGGUUUCCAGUUUUUAAUCCAUCACGUCCUUGUGAGCUCUACUGCCGACCCAUAGAUGGCCAGUUUUCCGAGAAAAUGCUGGAUGCUGUCAUUGAUGGUACCCCUUGCUUUGAAGGUGGCAACAGCAGAAAUAUCUGUAUUAAUGGCAUGUGUAAGAUGGUCGGCUGUGACUAUGAGAUUGAUUCCAAUGCCACGGAAGAUCGCUGUGGUGUGUGCCUUGGAGACGGCUCUGCCUGCCAGACUGUGAGGAAGAUGUUUAAACAGAAGGAAGGAUCUGGUUAUGUUGACAUUGGGCUCAUUCCCAAAGGGGCAAGGGACAUAAGGAUAAUGGAAGUCAAAGCAGCUGGAAACUUCCUGGCUAUUAGGAGUGAAGACCCAGAAAAGUAUUAUCUCAAUGGAGGAUUUAUUAUCCAAUGGAAUGGGAACUACAAGCUAGCAGGGACCAUCUUCCAGUAUGACAGAAAAGGAGACUUGGAGAAACUGAUGGCCCCAGGUCCCACCAAUGAGUCAGUGUGGGUCCAGCUACUAUUCCAAGUGACUAACCCUGGCAUCAAGUAUGAGUACACAAUCCGAAAAGAUGGUCUUGACAAUGAUGUGGAGAAGCUGGUAUACUUCUGGCAGUUCAGUCACUGGACAGAAUGCAGUGUAACGUGUGGGACAGGUAUCCGCCGCCAGACUGCCCAAUGCAUGAAGAAGGGCCAUGGGAUCGUGAAAGCUACAUUCUGUGACCCAGAAACACAGCCCAAUGGGAGACAGAAGAAGUGCUAUGAAAAGGACUGUCCUCCCAGGUGGUGGGCAGGGGAGUGGGAAGCAUGUUCUACAACAUGCGGGCCCUAUGGAGAGAAGAAGCGGACGGUGUUGUGCAUCCAGACCACGGGCGCUGAUGAGCAGGCUCUCCCGGCUACAGACUGUCAGCACCUGCUGAAGCCCAAGGCCCUCAUUUCCUGUAACAGAGAUAUCCUGUGUCCAUCAGACUGGACAGUGGGCAACUGGAGUGAGUGCUCUGUUUCCUGUGGCGGUGGAGUACGGAUUCGCAGUGUCACAUGUGCCAAGAACCAUGAUGAACCUUGCGACAAGACAAGGAAACCCAACAGCCGAGCUCUGUGUGGACUCCAGCAGUGCCCUUCUAGCCGGAGAGUUCUGAAACCCAACAAAGGCACAAUUUCCGGUGGGAAAAACCUACCAACAUCUGAGCGAGACCUCUCCAAACCCAUCCCUCCAUCUACAUCUAAGCCCCUUCUGCUGACCACACCUAAAGUACCUGAGCCUAUGAGUACAAGGACUCCAGCAAUCAACAGCCCUAAUCCUACCACAGUUGACAAAGAGGGAGAUCUGGAUGGGGGACAGUGGCAAAAUAGUUCAACGCAAACUGAAUUAGACUCCCACAAUCUCAUUUCUACUGAAAGCACUUCCCAGCCCAUCCUCACUUCUUGGUCUUUGAGUAUUCAGCCCAGUGAUGAAAAUGUUUCCAAUUCAGAUACCAGUCCUACCUCAGAGGUAGACCUUAUGGUCACGACAACAAGUGAUUCUGACAUGACAUCUUCCAGCAAUGCUGUGACCUGGCAAAUGACUACAUUCUACAAUACUUUGACCAAAGAUCCAGAAAUGGAGAUUCAUAGUGGCUCAGGGGAAGACAGUGAAAAGCCUGAAAACAAAGAUGAAAGCAACUCUGUAAUGUGGAGCAAGACGAUAGUAGCUGAAAAUGUUCCAGUAGAAAAAACUACAGAAUUACCACUUGGACCUCCACCAACACCUUAUCUUGGGGAGGAAUCCUUGUGGCAUCCCUUCAGCACAGUGAUGGAAGGUCCUCUCCCUAGCCAAAGACCCAGUACCCUUAAAAAUGGGACACCCAGACCUGAGGGGUUGGUCACUGAAAAGCCACUCUCUCCUGAAGGUGACUACCAGCCAGCAUCCUCAGAAAAGUCUGUAAACCAUAACCACCUGACACUUCCGAACAACAUGAGUCUAACACAAGAUUCUGCACCAGUCCUGACUGAGGAAGAUGCAUCCAGUUUGAUUGCUGAGGGGUUUUUGCUCAAUGCCUCCAAUUAUAAGCAGCUCACGAAGGAUCGCAGUCCUGCAUACUGGAUUGUUGGAAACUGGAGUGAAUGCUCUACCACAUGUGGGCUGGGGGCCUACUGGAGGAGCGUGGAGUGCAGCACGCAGAUGGAUGCAGACUGUGCAGCCAUUCAGAGGCCCGACCCUGCUAAGAGAUGCCACCUCCGCCCCUGCGCUGGCUGGAGAGUGGGAAACUGGAGCAAGUGUUCCCGAAACUGCAGCGGAGGCUUUAAGAUCCGUGAGAUUCAGUGUGUGGACAGCCGGGAUCACCACCGGAAUCUGAGGCCAUUUCACUGCCAGUUCCUGGCCGGUAUUCCUCCCCCAGUGAGCUUGAGCUGUAACUUGGAACCCUGUGAGGAGUGGCAGAUGGAGCCCUGGAGCCAGUGUUCCAGGUCCUGUGGAGGUGGAGUUCAGAAGAGAAGGGUGUCCUGUCCAAGAGGCUUCUGUGACUGGACAAAAAGGCCCCCAUCCACUGUGCCCUGCAAUAGUCACCUUUGCUGUCACUGGGCCACUGGGAGCUGGGACCGGUGCAGUACUUCCUGUGGAGGUGGCUUUCAGAAGAGGACUGUCCUUUGUAUCCCCUCAGAGGACAGUACAACUGAAGACCAAGAUAGGUGCCUGUGUGAUCAUGAACCCAGACCUCCAGAAUUACAAAAAUGCAGCCAGCGAGCCUGCAGGAAGGGUGCUGAUUUACUUUGUACCAAGGACAGGCUAUCGGCCAGUUUCUGCCAGACACUGAAGUUCAUGAGGAAAUGUUCUGUGCCCACUGUGAGGGCCCAGUGCUGUUUCUCGUGUUCCCAGACAUACAUCACCAAUACCCAAAGGCAAAGAAAACAACAGUUGCUAAAACACCCCAAAACACUCUAAGCUCAGAAGGAAAGCCACUCUACCAUAGACUGCUGCAAACUGCUGACAGUGACAUGUUUUAACCCUAGGGACUGCUUCUUUGAGGUUUCACUUUACAUAUUUCAGGUCCAACUUUGAGUCACAAUGACAACAACAACAAAAUCCACUGUGUUCCUCUAGCCACAAAAAUGCCCCUCACAGGUGGCUAGGACCAUUAUCCUUGCUGCUCCAGAUAGGAAGGUGAAGUAUCCAGGAGGAGCCUGCAUUUGCUGAUAUCAGCUCCUAGGAAAAGUGCCUGAUUAGGCAGAUCUGUGAAAUGUUAUCUCUCCACACACACACCUAAAGGUAAAACAAAGAGACCAGAGUUUUCCUAGACUACCUCAAGAGUACCAGGAAACAGAAUCACACUUACCCAGGAAGCAAACAAUAUUUGUCAUUUACCUUGAAUACAUCUUCCCCAUCAGCCUGGGGUAGCUGCUGUAUAAAAUGUUGGGGGAUGGGGGUCAGGACAUUCCUUAUUCAGGCAGAGGAGCACUUUCUUCACCCUGUGUUCAGCAAGAACAGAAAGAGAGAGCUGGUUACAUCCCUUGAUUCCUGCAGGACUCCAUAG